UAUCACAUGUACUACAUUUGCAAAACAAAAGCCAUAGGUUGUUACUUCUCUUCGCCUUUUGCUUUGCAAUUGUCACCAAACAAUUCUUGCUUAGCUCUCACAAGCAAGCAUUAUCAACAAUGAAGAAAAUUGUGUUAAAGGUGGACUUACAUGAUGACAGGAUCAAGCGAAAAGCUAUGAAGACAGCAUCUGGCCUUUCGGGGGUUCAAUCAGUUUCUGUUGACAUUAAUGACAAGAAAAUGACCUUAUUGGGGGAUGUUGAUCCAGUGAGUGCAGUGUCAAAGCUACGAAAGUGGUGUCACACUGAAAUAGUCUCAGUUGGACCAGCAAAAGAGGAAAAGGAGAAAGAGAAAGUGGAGCCAGCAAAAGAACCUGUUCCUCUCAAGCUCUAUGAUGCCUAUCCCUUUUAUUAUCAUAUGACACCACCACUGUAUCUGUAUAGUUAAAAUUAAUAGGUUAGAUGUUUAGAAGAGAAUCUUAUAUAGUGGCUGUGUCAUCUACUAAAUUUUAGAAUAUUAUUAGGAUUAUUAUUUGCAGAGGGUGGUGUAACUUUUUUGAUAAAUUCAGACAAGUUUCUAGCUACUUGGGUUUUUGAUAUAUAGUAUAAUGUAUACCUUUGUAAUUUCAUUGGCUUUUCCAGCAACACACAUCUUGUUAGUAUAGUUUGUUGGAAGUAAGAGCAUAUUAAGGAAUGUGAAUGAGUAUGACACAAGUUUAAUCUA